CACAACUGUCCUCCACACACACCCACACACGCCACACUGAGGAGCCCUGAGCCCUCCGCCCUUAAACCCUAGCGAGCGAGCCAGCGAGAGGUCUCAUCCCCACCAACACCACCCAUGGAGCUCCGCCUCUACCACCUCGCGCUGCUGCUCGGCCUCGUCGCCUGGGCGGCGGCUGCUGCCACGGGAGCCGAGGCGCAGCCGGUGUGCGACCCCUCCAUCAUCGCCACCCAGAUCGCGCUCUUCUGCAUGCCGGACAUGCCCACGGCGCCCUGCUGCGAGCCGAUCAUCGCCUCCGUCGACCUCGGCGGCGGCGUCCCCUGCCUCUGCCGCGUCGCCGCCCAACCGCAGCUCGUCCUCGCCCGCCUCAACGCCACCCACCUCCUCGCGCUCUACGCUUCCUGCGGAGGACAACACACCGUGGGCGCUCACCUCGCUGCCGCCUGCCAAGGUCCGUCACCUCCCGCCACCGUUCCUGUUAUCGCCCCGCCGCCGCCCGCCGCGCCCCGCCUCAAGCAGCCAACACGCGAGGCCCCUCCCCCUCCGCCACAAAGCGAGAAGCCGUCCCCGUCGCCCCAGCAGCAGCCUGGCGUCGCCGCCGCCCACGGCAAGGCCAUCCCCACCAGUUCGGCCGCCAACUUCUCCACGCUGGCGCCGGCCGCCGCGCCCACGACUCCCACGCCACCACACUCUGGCUCCGACAACGGGUGCGUCGUCGUCUCCUCCACGAUUGUCAUCUUCGUCAUCGCCGUUAUCACCAUCCUCGAAUGAGCCUCACGGCGCCGGCCCGGCCGGCCGCCAACCAUCGCCGGUGCCUGGAUAGAGCCCGUAGCAGCAGCAGAAGUCGUAGUGCAACUCGUUUUCAAGAUCCCCCUUUGGCAGUAGUAGUAGUAUCAUCACCAGUGGUAGCUAGUGCCACUAGGUCAUCGUAGUUCUGUUGCAUCUCAGUAUAGUAACGUGAUGGCUGGUCUGGCGUUUUUUCUGCUUGGUGUCGACCCAUAGAUCGAUCACUUGCCUGGACGAAGUGAGUCGAUCUAAUAAGAGAAUGGACUGUGGCCGAGGGGAACACUGCUUUUUUUGGUUGGUUAAUCUUGUCUCCGUAGUUGAACUAUGGUUUCGGAAUUCGGAUGGAUGGUGAUGGAAUAAAUCUUGGAUGGUUCGAUCUGGACCUUAUUUUU